GCGAACUCGGCCGCCAGCUGUCAGACAGCGGCGCGCGCGUGGUGGUCGUCGAUCCUCUGCUGGAGGGGACUCUGGACGGCGCCCUGACCCAGCUGCCGCGCCCCCCGAAGGUCGUCCUCAUGGGGAGGUCGUCGCAGGCGCCGGGGGAGGGGAGGCCUAACCUGCAGGAGCUUGUGGGGGACGAGACGAGGCCCUUUGGGGAGCAUGUGAAGGUAUCUGAGCGCGACCUCAGCGUGCUGGGCUACUCCAGCGGCACCACCGGAGCCCCGAAGGGCGCCCGCAUCGACCACGGCGCCGUCGCCUACAACCUGGCGAUGGUCCUUCAGCCGGAGGUCUUCCCCUACGCGCCCACGACAGCGGAGUCCCAGGAGUCGGUUAUUGGCCUCAUGCCCUUCUUCCACGCAUGGGGCAUGUACGGGGUCAUGGCCUGCAGUCUGGCGUUGGGGUCAAAGGUCGUGACGAUGCCGCAGUUCAUCCCCGAGCUCUUCGUGAAGGUCAUCAGGCAGCAUCAGGUGGGCGUGCUUCACCUGGUUCCGCCACUUCUGCAGUUCCUGGUGGCGCACCCGCUGGUGACCCCGGCUGACCUCGCCUCCGUCAGGUCAACCAUGUGCGCCGCCGCCCCGUGUCCCCCUCAGGCCGCCCACGCCUUCAAGGAGAAGGUGCCAGGGAAGGUGUUCUUCCAGGAAGUCUACGGCAUGACCGAGACGAUGCCAACGCACUUCACUCCUCUGAACGGAAAGGAAAACAUCGGCUCGUGUGGGGUCCUUCUGCCCUGCGUGAGAGCGCGCGUCGAGGACCUGCAAACGGGAGCGCCUCUUCCGCCUGGACGAGCGGGCGAGUUGGUGAUGUAUACGCCCGCGCUGAUGAGCGGUUACCAUGGCAACGAGGACGCUACCCGUGACGUCAUGACAGCGGACGGGUGGCUGAGGACGGGAGACGUGGCCAGAUACGAUAGCGAAGGAUAUUUCUACAUUGUCGACAGGAUCAAGGAACUAAUCAAGGUCAAAGGACUGCAGGUCUCCCCCACCGAGCUGGAGGACGAACUCCGAGGGCACCCGAGCGUCGCAGACGUGGGCGUGGUGGGCGUGUCAGACGCGCGGGCGGGAGAGGUCCCGAGGGCGUACGUCGUCAGGAGGAAGACAGCCACGUCAGGAGGAGGAGGAGAGAAGGAGGAGGAGGAGAGAGCAGAAGAGGAGAGACUGGCGGAGGCGCUGAAGACGUUCCUGUCGGAGAGGGUCGCGCCUCACAAGCACCUGGCAGGGGGCGUGAGGUUCGUGGGGGAGCUGCCGAAGAACCCGACGGGCAAGCUCUUGAGGAGGACCUUGAAGGAGAUGGCGGCGCAGGAGGAGGGGGACUAGGGCCUCCGGCGAGAUAAGGAAGGACUUGAUAAGGACGUCCCCAGAGAUAAGGACAAGGGGCGUUCUUGGGGUCGAGCGGGAAGGCUGGACUGAUAAGGAUGAUGAUAAUAAGAGAGAGUAAAAAUAAGUAAAAAAAAAUAAAAAAUAAAUAAAAAAACGAAAUUGU